ACAAUUUCCAGAUUUUAUUUUUUUGCUUUUUCACUAUCAAUAUUCAAGAAAAUUAAAUUAGCUUAAGAAUGAUGGAAGGCUUUUGGAACUCAAAGAGUAUCAUUCGUAUUACUCUCUCUUUUAUUUUCUUAUUCAUUUGUCAUUUUCUGGACGUGCUUGCGGCUCCAACUAGGAACUUGUGUCGUCCCGAACAAAGGGAUGCACUCCUCGCGUUCAAAAACGAGUUUGAGAUUGGGAAGCCUUCUCCUGAUCAUUGUAAGAUUUAUGGCAUUGAAUCUCCUCGGAAGACGGACUCAUGGGGGAAUAACAGCGACUGUUGUAAUUGGGAGGGAGUCACGUGCAAUGCCAAGUCCGGGGAAGUGAUCGAGCUAGACCUAAGCUGCAGCUCUCUCCAUGGCCGGUUUCAUUCCAACAGCAGUAUUCGAAACCUUCAUUUCCUAACCACUCUAGACCUUUCAUUUAAUGAUUUUAAAGGUCAAAUCACGUCAUCAAUUGAAAAUCUUUCUCAUCUCACCUAUCUCGACCUUUCUUCUAAUCAUUUUUCGGGUCAGAUUCUGAAUUCAAUCGGAAACCUUUCUCGUCUCACCUAUCUCAACCUUUUUGAUAAUCAAUUUUCGGGUCAGGCUCCAUCAUCAAUUUGUAAUCUUUCUCAUCUCACUUUUCUAGAUCUUUCUUAUAAUCGGUUUUUUGGUCAGUUUCCGUCUUCUAUCGGAGGUCUUUCUCAUCUCACCACUCUCAGCCUUUUCAGUAACAAAUUUUCGGGUCAGAUUCCAUCUUCAAUUGGAAAUCUUUCUAAUCUCACCACUCUCGACCUUUCUAAUAACAAUUUUUCGGGUCAGAUUCCAUCUUUUAUUGGAAACCUUUCUCAACUUACCUUUCUCGGCCUCUUUAGUAACAAUUUCGUUGGUGAAAUCCCAUCUUCUUUUGGCAAUCUAAACCAGCUGACCCGCUUAUAUGUUGAUGACAAUAAGCUCAGCGGAAACUUUCCCAAUGUCCUACUGAACUUGACAGGGUUGUCACUUUUAUCACUCUCCAACAAUAAGUUCACAGGCACGCUUCCUCCUAAUAUCACUUCACUAUCCAACUUGAUGGAUUUUGAUGCAAGUGACAACGCCUUCACCGGAACGUUCCCUUCUUUUCUCUUCACCAUUCCUUCUUUGACUUACAUUCGUUUGAAUGGUAACCAACUCAAAGGCACUCUUGAGUUUGGAAAUAUAUCUUCACCAUCUAACCUAUAUGAGUUAGACAUUGGCAACAACAACUUCAUAGGACCAAUCCCUAGUUCCAUUUCCAAAUUAGUCAAACUUUUCCGACUUGACAUUUCCCAUUUAAACACCCAAGGCCCAGUUGACUUUAGUAUCUUCUCCCAUCUCAAGUCACUCCUAGAUCUAAACAUAUCCCAUUUGAACACCACCACUAGGAUCGACUUGAACUAUUUCUUAUCAUAUUUCAAAAGGCUCCUUUUAUUGGAUCUCUCAGGCAACCAUGUUUCGGCCACAAACAAAAGUUCAGUUUCAGAUCCUCCUUCGCAAUUGAUACAAUCUUUGUACUUGUCAGGGUGCGGUAUCACUGAAUUUCCAGAGUUCGUAAGAACCCAACACGAAUUGGGGUUUCUAGACAUUUCCAACAACAAAAUCAAAGGUCAAGUUCCUGACUGGUUAUGGAGGCUACCAAUCUUGUACUACGUGAAUCUUUCCAACAACACUUUAAUCGGUUUCCAAAGACCAUCGAAACCUGAACCAUCUCUGCUGUACUUGCUUGGCUCCAACAAUAACUUCAUAGGCAAGAUUCCUUCUUUCAUAUGCGGGUUGCGUUCUCUAAACACACUCGAUUUAUCUGACAACAACUUUAAUGGUUCAAUCCCUCGUUGCAUGGGACAUCUCAAGAGUACUCUUUCAGUUCUAAACCUUCGUCAGAAUCAUCUUAGCGGAGGUCUUCCAAAGCAAAUAUUUGAAAUACUGAGGUCUCUUGAUGUCGGCCAUAACCAGCUAGUGGGAAAGCUACCAAGAUCUUUGAGUUUUUUCUCUACUCUUGAAGUUUUGAACGUGGAAAGCAACAGAAUCAACGACACGUUUCCCUUCUGGUUGAGUUCUCUACCGAAGCUACAAGUUCUUGUAUUACGCUCCAAUGCAUUCCAUGGACCAAUACAUGAAGCCACAUUCCCUGAGUUGCGCAUCAUCGAUAUAUCACAUAAUCGCUUCAAUGGAACUUUGCCAACAGAGUACUUUGUGAAGUGGAGUGCUAUGUCAUCACUUGGAAAAAACGAAGACCAGUCUAACGAAAAGUACAUGGGAUCAGGCCUUUACUACCAAGAUUCAAUGGUUUUGAUGAAUAAAGGUGUAGCGAUGGAGCUGGUACGUAUCCUCACAAUCUACACAGCAGUCGACUUUUCCGGAAACAGAUUUGAAGGAGAGAUUCCAAAGUCCAUUGGUCUAUUGAAAGAGCUUCUCGUGCUCAGCUUGUCAAACAAUGCUUUCAGUGGCCACAUGCCUUCAUCUAUGGGGAACCUGACAGCUCUCGAGUCAUUGGACGUUUCUAAGAACAAGCUUACAGGAGAGAUUCCACAAGAGCUAGGGGACCUUUCGUUCCUUGCGUAUAUGAACUUCUCUCAUAACCAGCUUGCAGGCCUAGUACCAGGAGGCCAGCAAUUUCUAACGCAAAAUUGCUCUGCCUUUGAAGAUAACUUGGGACUUUUCGGCUCUUCUCUUGAAGAAGUUUGCAGAGAUAUUCACACGCCAGCAUCACAUCAACAGUUUGAAACGCCGGAAACAGAGGAAGAAGACGAAGAUCUGAUUAGUUGGAUAGCAGCUGCAAUAGGAUUCGGACCUGGUAUUGCCUUUGGUUUGAUGUUUGGAUACAUACUCGUUUCCUAUAAACCAGAGUGGUUCAUGAACCCUUUUGACCGAAACAAUCGUAGACAGAAAAGACACAAAACAACUCACUAGAGAGGCACAAUCCUAGGGUGUCCAAAGAUAACAACAGAGAAGGAGGUAUGAGAGAAAUGAAGCUCAUAUACAAAGAUCUGCAUUUAUGGUUUAAUUUGUUUUGUCUAAGAACUCUCAAAUGUCUAGUUAAUACCUUUCAUUUUGCUUGUGAAUAAGUGAACCAUAAGUACAUUUGGAGUGAUAUAAAGCUUUUAGUUUAAUGGCAAUGUAAGUUUCAUGUGAUAGUUAAAACCAAACCUUUUUACGGCGAAGAAGUAGAACGAUGGAAGUGAGUUCAAAAAAAACAACCAUAUAUACUAGUUUCUGUGGUCAUAUACAAAAU